GUCGGAUGCCUUUUGCGGCUGCACCCCGGAACCACACCGGCCGCCCCUCCGUGUGAGUGAACGCGGGGGUCCGAGCAUGUUUUACUGGAUGAAGCCAGUGGACUCCGCCGUUAACAUGUCGAAGACCGACAUCCUGAGAGGAAUAGUCACCGAGAAACUGUCCACCGCCGCCCGGGAGAUCCUAGCGGUGGUGGAGAGGACGGUAGCCGACUACGAGAAGGAGGCUGCGGGCUUCAGGUGUGAGAUCGAGCGGCAGAGGAGGCAGCUGGAGCUCCUGCAGCCCCGGGUCAAACUGGAGAGGACAGCCUUGGUGUCGGACCUGGACAACAACGAUGUGGUGGUGAGUCGGGACAAAGAGGGGGAGCCAGUAGCUCACGUCUCGUCAGCUCAUCUUGGUCGUCAAACAUCUGAUGUGGACCUCGUUACUCUGGAUGAGGAGGACUCCGGCAGCAUGGGCGUCUUGUGGUACGACGACAAUGAGGACGAAGUCGACGAUGAAGAAGAGGAGCAGAGGAUGCAACUGUUGGCAAGUUCCAGACAGAAACAAGAAGAUCUGAAGGAUCCAGAUUUUGAGAUGCCAUCGAGGUUGUUUUCGCCCAGAGUUCAGUCUUGCAGGAGGAAACCUGGCAGGCCCUCAAUCAGUGACUCUCAGGACCACAUAGACCUCAGGAUCCGGGUCCUGGAGGACUCUCAGACUGAUGUCCUCUCCAACACCAUUUUUAAGAAGUGUCCAGUUCAGGAGCUGCAGUGUCCUCGAGGUCUCCAGGAGGACGACUUCCUGUCCCUGCUGAGGUCCACCUUCCCUCAGCUGGCUGCAGACGAACCCUUUGACUUCUUAACCACUGACAGGACGAGGAGGCUGCAGCCGCUGAAGCUAAAGACAGUGACGCCGCAGGAAGUCCACCGGGCCAUCCGGUCCACGGGGAACUCUGCCCUCUACAUCCGGCUGAAGACGACCGAGGAUCCUCAGAGUGAAGGACGAAAAGGAGAAGGUGAAGAAGCCACGACGUCGGCCAGUCAGACUGAAAUGAAGCCGAGGAGGAAGAGAGGCCGACCUCGACUGAACAGAGAACCAGACCAGUUCUCUCUCAGAGUGUGCAUGCUGGAGGACCAGCCUCAGACGGACGUCCCUCCAAACACAGUCCUACAGAGGUCGUCCAUAGAGGACCUGACGUGUCCUCAAGGCCUCCAGGAACCAGAGUUCCUGGACCUGCUGAGGUCCACCUUCCCUAGACUGGCCGGAGAUGACAGACCACUCGUCUUGUACAAGUCCGACCGGAACAUGAGGCUCCGGAGGAUCAACCUGACGACGCUGACCCCAGAAGAAAUCUACAAGGCUAUCAAGAGCACCAGGCCUGACAAGAGUCUCCUCUAUGUCAAACUCAAGACCAGUGAGGAGGAAGAGGAGGAGGAAGAGCUUCAACUUUCACCUACAAACGACGAACCUCUGUCCAGUGAUACUCUGGAUGUAAAAGGCGAUGAUUCAAGCAAUCACCAUUCAGACGGAGACGCAAUGAACCUGGAAACGGAGGAAGGCGCCGCGCAGAGCGAAGAGGACGGAUAUGGAGACAGCGACUGGGACCCCGACCCGGAGCUGCAGCAUCAUCAGUCAAAGCCGACGAGGGAGCGUAAGAGUGGCGUGUUGAGGAUUGAGAAGUGCAAAACUCCAUGUAAAGUGUGUGGCAUCAGCUACAGGAACCAGGCCAGCCUGAUCAAACACGCCUGGAGUCACGCCGGAGAGCCACAGGGAGUCUGCGGUGUGUGCGGCGGGAGUUUUAAAUCCACGGAGGAGCUGACGGAACACCUGAGGAGCUACCAGAAAACCCACGACUGCUCCUACUGCGGGAAGUCCUUCUUCACGGUCACCGGCCUCAGCUGCCACGUCUCCACGCACACGGGAGACCUGCCGUUCAAAUGCAACAUCUGCAGCAAGGCCUUCUCGCGCAUCUACGCACUCAACAUCCACCAGUGGACGCACGUCACAGAGAAACCGCACAAGUGCGACAUCUGCCAGAAGUCGUUCGGCCUGAUGGGGCAGCUCAGAGCUCACGUCAAGAUGCACCUGGGCAGAGACAAGUACCGCUGCCACGUGUGCGGGAGGUCCCUGUACGACCUCCGGUCCUUAAACCGCCACAAGAUGACCCACACCACCGAGCGCCGCUACGGCUGUGACAUCUGCGGGAAGCGCUUCAAACUCCCCGGCACGCUCAAGUCGCACAAGAAGAUUCACACGGAGCGAGAGAGGCCGUACCUCUGUCACAUCUGCUGCAAAACCUUCAUGUCCAACGUGUCCCUGACGGUCCAUAUAAGGACACACAGCGGCGAGAGGCCGUUUGUCUGCUCCGUCUGCAGCAAGGGCUUCAUCUCCAACGGCGACCUGAAGCACCACAUGCGGGUGCACACGGGCGAGGCGCCGUACAGCUGCCCCGAGUGCGGGCGCUUCUUCAAGCACAAGAGCCACCUGGACAGCCACGUCCGGAGCCACCUGGGCAUCAAGCGCUUCACGUGCGGCGUCUGUGGGAAGCCGUGCGCCCGCCAGGAGCACCUGACGGUCCACAUGAGGACCCACAAUGGAGAGAGACCGUACAAGUGCACCAUGUGCGAGAAGGCCUUCACCCAGAGCCACUGUCUGAAGACGCACCUGAAGAGCCACCAGGCCGAGUGCGUCUCGAUCUCCAGUGCGUCCACGUCGACUCACGUCUUUCAGGAGGGAAACCAGACGGCUUGAUCACGGGAAAACUUUUGUUUCAGGUCCAGGAAGCUUCCUCCCAAGAUCAGCGUCUCUGCCAUCUCACAUUGAACAAACUAAAACCAGACUUCUUGUCGUCUCCAUUAUGAGGGAUCCCAUAGGUAUAUGUUCAGACAGACAUAGCAUGCUAGGAGCUGGUGGAUGGGGCUUUCGCGGGGGGGAGGGGGCUCUUACCUGGAGCUGGGGGACAUUUUGGAAAAUUAUGUAGAGAUUCUUUACAGAGUCGUUACCGAUCACCUGGUUCUGGAACUGGAUGCGAUUUCAUUCAGAGACAUUUCACUUUCAAAACCGUUUUACUUAAAACUAAGGUUUUCUCAUCAUGACUUGUUUCAAAAAAACAAAAAAAAAAGAUGGAUUCCAUGUUAUAUUUUACUGAUUUCAGCUCGUGUUAUUUCUAUCUAAAGGUCUAGAGAAAGAUUAGCAUGAAAGCUAACGUUAGUGUUUUAGUUUUUCUUAGUGACCAUUAUUAGAGCAUCUUGUGGCUGUAUUCAAAAAUCAGUGGCAGUUUAAAUUCAGUCAACGAAGCUUUUGGGAUCUUGUCGUGCAGAUGCUGGAUUGAUGAAUGCAGCGCGCAGCAGAUUGUAACUGGACCCUGAACGCAGCAUGAGGUUCCUUUGAGUGCACGUCGGACGACAAAUGUCCCGGUUUUUAUUUUUUUAUGCAGUUAAAAAAAAUAAAACAACAGACCAUCAUGCCCUCUCGUUGUAAACUCUGACACAUGUAUGUGACCAAAAUAAAACAACACUAGAAAACGUC